AUGGAACUGUCGGUGAGCUUGAUUAUCGCUACUAUUUUCGGAGCUUGUUAUGCCGCACGCUUAGAGAAUACGUACUUACCACCAAAUGGAGCAGGAGGAGCUGGCGGAGGCCCCGGGCUCGCAGCGCCUAAAAACGGAAGAAAUGGCGGUGGAGGUCCAGUCUAUGGUGCACCUGGUGGUGGAUCAGGAGGAGGUGGCGGCGGCGGCGGAGGCGGUGGAGGAGGCGGAGGUGGAGCGUCUGCAGGAGCUGAUGCAAAUGCCGUGAUCAUAAGCUACGAGAAUGUCAACAACGGUGACGGAAGUUACAAAUUCAGUUAUGAAACAUCCAACGGAAUUAAGGCCGAAGAGGAAGGUGAACUGAAAGGUGGAGGCGGCGGCGCUGACGAUGAAGGUAUCCAAUCCGUGAAAGGGUCGUACUCCUACACGGAUCCAGAUGGCAAUCUGAUAACAGUCGAAUACACAGCCGAUGAGAAUGGUUUCGUGCCUAAGGGCGAUCACCUGCCCACAUCUCCGCCAAUUCCAGAUGAAAUUUUAAAAUCUUUGGCUGAAAAUGCUGCAAAUGAAAACGGAAAUGGAGGCGGCGGUGGCGGUGGAAACGGCGGCGGAGGUGGUGGCGGUGGUAACGGCGGAGGAGGUGGAGGCGGUGGCAACGGCUACCCAAGACCUGGCGGAGGAGGCGGCGGCGGUAACGGUAACGGUGGCAACGGCAACGGUUACAAAUAUUAA